GUUGUGUACAGGUACGCGCGGCCGCUGGCGGCGCCGCCGGAGCGCCAGGCGAUCAGUUGAGCGCCGCGCACAAAAAGACUACACAUGGGCUCGGUAGUGCUGGCGGCGGCCGAUAGCAAACAUCUGCAGAGCCGCGCGCCGCGGUCGUGACACGUGUGUGAGCGAGUGAGCGCGCAGAGUGCGGCCAGUGAGCCGGGUCGGGUGACCGCGGCGCGGAGCGGGCUCGCCGACCGGUGACAGUCGCGAAGAGCGGGCGCCAGCGGCGGCGGCGCGCGCGCUCGCUCGUCUCGGCGGAGCGGCGCAGCGGUGUAAGCAUGAACGGUCCGAGUGGUGAUACCAGCGACAGGCAGUUCGUGUGCAAACUGUGCGGCAGCAACUUCAACAACGAGACCUCCAAGGAGCUGCACGAGAAGUAUCACCACAAGGCGGCGGCGGCGGCGGCGAGCGGCAGUCCCGGCCCGGCGUCUGAGCCGGCGGCGCCCGAGCGGCAGCCGUUCCCGACCGAGGGCGGCCGACCCGAGUGGGAGCCGGCGCCGGCCGACUCCAAGAACGGUCACAUGGCGCGCGGAGAGGAACACUACUACCCGCAGUACUGGGAGCAACCCGGAGGCCCGCCGCCCGGGCCGGGGCCGCAGCACGAGCAGGGCCCCCCGGAGACGGGCGGCUGGAGCGAGGGCCACUUCCCGCCGACUCCGGACAGCAGCGGCUACGGCGGGCACUCGUCCAAGUCGCCCAACGACGAUACGAGUGGCGCCGAGAUCCUCGACCUGGACUCGAACCGGGUGCACUUCUACACGCCGGCGGCCGGUGGUGGGUGGCCGCCCUUCUACGGCGGCCCGCCCGGUCUGACCGGCCACCCGGGCCUGCCGGCUCACCUGGGACACCUGCAUGGACACCCGGGGAUGCCGGGUCACCUGCCGCCGUCCUACGGGCCGGGCGGCCCCGCUCCCGGCCAGUUCAACUCGACCCCGCCGCCGCCCAUGAUCCCGCCGUACCAUCAGCAACAACAGCAGCAACUCCAGCAACAGCAGCAGCAGCAGCACGCCCAUCAGCAGCAGCUCCAGCAGCAUCAACAGCAGCAGCAGGGUCCUCAGCCCGGCUACGGCUCGCCGGGUCUGCAGGUGGCCAUGCCACCGCCGAACAUGUUCCCGGGCUACGGCGGCCCGCCGUCCGGCCCGGACUCGCCCGGCAGUGACAAGACGCUCGGCUCCGGCCAGCCGCAGCAGUGCAAGAGACCCAAGACCUACCUCUGCGAGGUCUGCGACAAGAAGUUCACCAGCAUGGGCCACCUGAAGCGCCACUUCAACACCAUCGUGCAUCGGCAGACUAAGGAGGGAAAGAAGUCGUCGCCCAGCGUCAAGAGUAAGUCGCGCUCCCGGGCCGCGUUCGGAGACAGCGCCCCGCCGCCGCCGCCGGCCCCGGUGCCCCCGCUGGUGACCAUGCCGUCCGGCCCUCCGGAGGGGAUGCGCAUGUACGGCCUUCCGUUCCCGCCGGCGAGCGGGCCGCCGCCGCCGCAGUACCCAAUGACUCCGCCGCUGCAGGAGGGCGGCGGCGCGCCGGGCGAGCUCGGGCGCCGGCCGGCAGAGCCGCUCGGCAGCCCGACGCCUAUCGUGGCGCCGCCGCCACAGCCGCUCGGCUACCCGCCGGCGGCGCCCGAGUACCAGGUGUCGGUGUCGGCGGCGCCCAACCCGGCGCCCGCCGGCUUCCUGGGCGCCUUCAGCUCGGCGGCUUCGUACGGAGGGUUCGGCUCGUACUCAGCGCAGCAGCCGGUCUAUAGCCAGGCCGGCCUGCCACUGCCGUCGCCGCAGCAGCAGCAGUCGAUGGCGCAGCAGCAGCAAUCGAUGGCGCAGCAACACCACCAGCAGCUGCCCGGCUUCGGCCACCACCAGCAGCCUCAGCAGCCGCCUCAGCAGCAGCAGCAGCCGGGGCAGUCGCCGUGCCAGCCUCAGCAGCAACAGGAGGGCGGGGAGGAGAACGGCGAGCAGUCGGAGGACGCUCCGUCUCCGGGCUCGGCCAGCGGCAGCGUGCAGAGCUCUGAGGACUCAGAAUGCACCGAGGAGCCCUACAUCUGCUGCAACAAGCGCUUCAGCAGCCUGCAGUACUACAAGCUGCACCGCGAGAGUCAGCAUAGCGGCGAGCGGCAGACCAAGUGCGCCCAGUGCUGCCGCCGGCACCGGCCAGAGGUCAGCUGCGCAGAGUACGACCGCACACACCGGCGCCGCCACCAGUGCUCCAUCUGCGACAAGGAGUUCACGCACUUCUCCGAUCUCAAGCGGCACCGCUACACGCACCAGGCCGAGAAGCCCUUCAUCUGCCACGUCUGCGGCAAGGGCUUCAUCCGCAAGGAUCAGAUGGAGAAGCACAUGCCGACCCACGAGGGCGCACCGCAGCCGGCGGCCAGCCCGCACCAGCAGUGGUCGCCGCUCGGCGCCCCGCCCCCGGCGGCCUUCUCCGGAGUCGCCAACGGCAGCAAUAUGAACGGCAAUAUGAACGGCAGCAUCAACGGCGGUCUGAACGGCGCCGUCAACGGCAACGGCCAUCUGAUGCAGCCGAGCUUUUGAAGGACUUCCGCGCCGCUAUCGAACAGCUCAGGGACGCUUAUAGAGGGCAGAGAGUAAACGCUUUCUGCUUCAGUGCCAUGUAUAUAACUGUGUUGUGAUAGAGAGAGCGACCGCGUGCAUCUCAUUGGAAAAGACAUGUGCCAAGUUCCUACGCAUCUCAGACGAAUCUCAGGUAGGCCGGCCGGUGUCGAGGCGGUCUGAUAUUCAUCUCAAUGACGAGCUCAGGGGUUUCUCAGUGACGAGCUCAGGGGUUUGUUGUGCGAGUGAACGAGGUUCGAACUCAGUGAGCGACUCAGGGUUUUACGUGAGUGUUUCGCACGCGGUGGCAAGCUCAGGAGAUUUGCUGAGCGCGAAUGAGAGGCCUGUUCACUGAUUGGCGAAAACUCAGGCACGGUGUUUGUAAGUGUGUGUGCAGAUGUUUGUACCUGAGCGGGCUGCUCACUGCCAGGACGGGUUUGUACCACGACGUAGCCGAGGUCGGUUGUUUGAAAACAUUGCAGUGUUUUAUCGCUGACCAUACUGGCGACUCUCAUGAACUAUUUUCAACCAGCUUUGUGGAUUGUGGAAGCUCCGACGCGAGUAAAAUGCGAGGCAUGCGCCACGUGCAAGAGAAGGACAGCCUUGAUUGAAGGGCCUGAUAAGAACUUCCAUUUAGGGACGCGUGUGCCAUAGUUUUGAUCCCCAUAAUGUUGUGCUCAUACCCAAUCCCAUAUUUGACUUGUGCCAAUAACUGUUGCCAGCGUCUUCGUGUUUUUGACGAGCGAAGAUGAUUGCCAGAUCGGGAUUGGUUAUAAAUGGGAUGUUAUUAAUCAUGUUUGCGAUCAUCAUUUCCAGCAGUGUACUUGCCAUCCAGCAUUUCCGUUUGAGUUUUUGAUCUCUGCUCGAAUACUCGAUGGGUUUUUGUACGUAAUAAAUAUGCUGCUGGACAUA